UCUGUCAAGUUCUGUCAGUUUUAUGUCAAACAAAACCUUGAGAAGUGCAGGAAAAUUUUUGCCUCGAACUGAACUUUAUUGAACAGCAGCUACAAAUUUUUAUUUAUUCUUAAUGGUGUUCAAUAUAAUUUCUAUUCCUCAGAGAAUAUUAGAAUGACUCGUAAGGAUCAUUUAAUUCUGCUUUGCCGUUUAUGUUUGGAAAAAGAUAAUGUUGAUAUUCCAAUUUAUUGUGAGACUGAUGAGGAAAUGAAGCAAGUUCAUAAGAAAAUCAGCACCUGUUUGGCAGUAACUAUAUCGAAAAAGGAUAAUCUACCAAAGAAAAUAUGUGUCAAUUGUGCUAAAAAACUGGAUUCAUUUUACCAAUUUUGGAAAGAUAGCAUUGAAGUUGAAAAGCAAUUAACUGCAUGGGUUAAUAAUGAAAAACCUGAUGUAAUUUCAAUAAAUAAUAAAAAGCCCAAGCAGAGAAACAUGGAUGAAUCUUCUAUCAAUAAUUAUAAGACGUUGGAUGUUUCGAUUGUUAAAGAAGAGAGUGUUGAUACUGAUGAUGAAACAUUAUUUAGUAGAUUGAAGAAUUCAGGAUGUGAUAUUUCUUACUCAGCAGAUAAUUUGGGAGUCAACAAAACAAAAUUGUGUUCACCCGAGCCUAACAGAAAUAGACAUGGAGCAAUGAAGCAAAUAAUUCAAAAUAUGAAGCAAUUUGAUGAUGAUUCCAUAACGGACAAAGAAUCUGAUGAAAGUGAUGCAGAUGACAACAUAAUUUCAACAGAGCAUUACAGCCCAAGUGAAGAAGGCAAACCGACUACUUCAACAACAGAAGGCUUUCCAACCUCUUUCACCAUGCCUACCACGAGUUCUGAUCACUUAGUUCCCAUCGUUCAGUUGUCUGAAGGUACUUGGUUGCACAACGAAGAUAUAACAAGUCCUUUUGCAGCACAGAUACACGAUACUUUAAAAAAAUUAGGUUACAAAAAUCCUUUUGUCUAUCCUAAACUUAAACACAAAAAAAAGCAAUUCAAACAGUUGGAAUCUAUUAAUAAUUCAAAGUGGCAAUGUAUGAUUUGCUCGGAAGUCAAGAAAAACAAAGCGGAACUAAUUGAACACUAUGAAGUACACAAAAGUGAAACUGAAACUAUUAAGGGCAAUAAAAUAAUAGGGGAUUACUUUAUGUGCCCUGUAUGCUUAACUGAUUUCACCUCUCUGAUUAGUUAUGAGAAGCAUGUAGAGCUGAACCAUGGUGAAAAACAAUACAACUGUGAAAGUUGUCAUAGAGCCUUUAAAAAUCUGUUCUCUUUGAGUGUGCACAAUAAUAAGAGACAUAGUUUGGAUAAGGUUUACAGAUGUGCAGCUUGUGAUUUUGAAGAUGAUGAACUUAAGGAGUUGAGGAUUCACGUACGGUCUUCACAUGAAGACAAUGUUAAGUACAGAUGUGAAAUUUGUAGCAAAGGUUUCAGCUCUUUCUCUUGGUACCAAGAGCAUAAAAAUUUUCACACUGGUGCCAUGCCUUUUGAGUGUGAGGUGUGCUCAAAGAGCUUUCCAUACACAAGGUAUUUGAUUGCCCACAAGAAAAACAUGCAUCCUGAGAUGUUUUCCAGUGUACCAAUUAACCAUGAAUGCGAGAUAUGCCAAAAGAAAUUUGCUCAUAAAAAAAGUUUGGUGCUACACCUUAGAGGCCAUACUGGAGAAAGUGCAGUUCUUUGUGACAUGUGUGGGAAAUCUCUUUCAAGUUCUGAACAUCUUAAACAACACUUAAGGAUCCAUACCGGUUACAAGCCUCAUUGUUGUUCAGUUUGUGGUAAGGGUUUUGCUAAAAAGUGUAAUUUAACUUUACAUGAGAGGGUGCAUAGUGGGGAGAAGCCACACAUCUGCAAUAUUUGUAAUAAAGGGUUUUCACAGCGGUCUACACUUGUGAUACAUGGACGGUACCAUUCUGGUGAGAGGCCAUAUCGUUGUCAGCUCUGUCAAAAGGGUUUUGUUGCUAAGGGUCUCUUAGGGGUUCAUAUGAAGACAUGUGGUGGUAUUCCUGAAUAGAUUUUUGUUGCCUUUGUUUAAGAUGUUUAUUUGAAAGUUGUUGUUAUUAUUAUUAAUAAUAAAUACAGAGAGAAUUUAUAUAUUGAA